ACGCGUGCAAAGAUUUUAAUAAUUUCAUUUAAAUUUUAUAAUAAUACAUAUGUCAUAGUUAUUAUAUCUAUUCUGUGAUUUUUCUAAUUAAUUUUGAUUUUUGAAAAGUUGUUGUUUAUGCAAGUCUGAUAUUUACUAAAAUAUUCCUAGCUAGGCUUAAUUAAUUACAAUUCUCUUUAAGUAUCGUAAUAAUUUUUACUUCCUAGUUUUUUCUUUUUACUUCAUAUUUCCUUAAUUAGUGUUGGUUUAAUUUAAGUAAUUGUCUUACUUUUUGUUUGUUUAUUUAUAAUAUAUCAAAGUGCAAUUUCAAAAUGUCGUCAUCAGAACUGGCAAAUCGGUCUUCACUGAUCUACCCUCGUAUGCUUGGCUACGUAGCUACCCUGGUGCUGCAUGUCAUCACAGCUGUUCACAUUACCACCACAUUCACCAGGGAAGCGGCGAACGAUGCAGCUGUGAAGGAAUUCCAUGAUAACCAGCACAAGUUUAUGACUGUUUGGAAUGUUUACAUGCAAAUGUUAUACGCAGCACUUGGCUUAUCAUGCGACGUGCUAUCUCUCUCCAAUGAAGGGAAGAUCAGCUCUCUUCAGCAGACCUUGAAGAAGAUACGAGACCCUAUGUUCUCUAAUAUCGUCUGGCCGUACGCUUUUACAACAUCCUUCGUCUUCUGGUCAGCCUACUCCUAUGAUAGAAGCCUGAUCCUCCCACCUUCAGUAGACCAGACAUUAACGUGGGGAGCCAACCACGUGAUCCAUACUGCCAUCAUGCCAGUAGUACUGUGGGAGCUGGUCUUCCGACCUCGGAAGACUCCGGAAACCCAUAUGGCUAAUCUGAUGAUGAUGUAUGGGUAUGCUGCUGGUUACUUGACCGUUAUCGUGUCCUCCUACAUGAACACUGGUACCUGGGUGUACCCUAUACUGAACAUUCUGUACGGCACUAUAUACUUUUAUAUAUUUCUAGGAGUAUCAGUACUUUUAACACAAAUAUUCUAUAGUAUGCAGUGGUAUGUCACUAGCAUUCUUUGGAAAAACUUAAAAGACAUUAAAAAAGUUAAUUAAUAUUGUAUUUUGAGUUUCAUUUAGUAUGUAUUUUUUAGUUAAUUUGCAGAAAGCAGGAUGUUGUCAAUUUCCGGUUCUGAAGACUAAAAUCAGAUGUAAAAUAAAUAAAUAUUUUAAUUAUAUUACAUGCAAUGUGAUUUAAAUUAAACAAAAUCUGCGUCUAA